AUGGCUUCUUGGGUUCGUACAAUAACUUCUCCUUUUAGAAAAGCUUGUACUUUCUUCAAUCAUAAUCAUCAUCAUCAUAGGGACAAGAAGUCCCAACAAGAACAAGAACAUCGUGGAAUGGACUUGCAAGGUGAAGUCAUGGCUUGUGCAUAUGAAGAUGUUCAAGUCAUGUGGUCUAUUUUGGACAAGUCAAAGCCAACAAACUGCACUUACACUUCCUAA